AAUCUAACAGGUACUGUACUUAAGAGUGGUUCAACUGAGGGGGAGGGAGGUACGGGUCUUAUUCAUCCUGCCCUCACUCUCCUCCUCCUCCGCCCUGAGCUGGGAUGGAUGGUGUGGCUGGAGGUGUGGGGACACCCGGCAGCGCCCCGGGGUCCGGUGGGGACAGCCUGCCCAGACGUAGCGGAGGGGAGUCGAAGCGGCGCAGUAAGAGCAGCCUGCCCUCUCCGGGCUACCGGCUGUCGCAGGCCUCGCUGGAGGGGGAGAAGGUCUCCUUCGGGGCAGACACCACUUCCUCAGGUGGACGCGGUCGUCGUCUCUCCAUCAUGAGCUCCUCCACCCGGGACGGCCUUCCCUUCCGCACCGCGGGCACGCCAACCACCCCUGGGCCCCUGCCGCCUCCGCCGCGCUCAGUGGGCUUCGCUGCGGCCCGCGCCGCCCUCGCCUCCACCUCCUCCACCGGGACCGGAGUCAUGGUGGUGGCCACCGGGCAAGAGACCACCACCACCACGACCUGCAACACCACCGCAGCUGGGACCCCCGAGAUGAUGGGUCAGUCUGGACUGGGAAUGUUCGGCCUGGGGCUGGACGGAGAGGACUACAUGAACUCAAACCAGAACACCUUCAUCCAGAGGCAGUUCGGAGCCAUGCUCCAGCCCGGGGUCAACAAGUUCAGCCUGCGCAUGUUUGGAUCCCACAAGGCUGUGGCAAUGGAGCAGGAGAGGCUGAAAUCAGCAGGGACAUGGAUCAUACACCCCUACAGUGACUUCAGAUUCUACUGGGACCUGUUGAUGUUAGUGUUGAUGAUGGGGAACUUGAUCGUCCUGCCGGUGGGCAUCACCUUCUUUAGAGACGAGAACACUGCCUCGUGGAUCAUCUUCAAUGUGGUCUCCGACACUCUCUUCAUGGUCGACCUGGUUCUCAACUUCAGGACGGGCAUCGUCAAGGAAGACAGCACUGAAAUAUUGCUGGACCCAAGGGCCAUUCGCCAGAGAUACCUGAAGAGCUGGUUCCUGGUGGACUUUGUGUCGUCCAUCCCGGUGGACUACAUCUUCCUGAUGGUGGACAGUCUGGACUCUGAGGUCUACAGGACGGCCAGGGCGCUGCGCAUCGUUCGUUUCACCAAAAUCCUGAGCCUGCUUCGGCUGCUCCGCCUGUCCAGACUCAUCCGCUACAUCCACCAAUGGGAGGAGAUCUUCCAUAUGACCUAUGACCUUGCCAGUGCCAUGGUCAGGAUUGUGAACCUGAUCGGUAUGAUGCUGCUGCUGUGCCACUGGGACGGCUGUCUCCAGUUCCUGGUCCCCAUGCUGCAGGACUUCCCUCCUGACUGCUGGGUUUCCAAGAACCUGAUGGUGAACGACACAUGGGGCCUGCAGUACUCCUAUGCUCUUUUCAAAGCCAUGAGCCACAUGUUGUGCAUCGGUUACGGUGCACAGGCUCCAGAGGGGAUGACCGAUGUGUGGCUCACCAUGCUCAGUAUGAUCGUCGGCGCCACCUGCUACGCCAUGUUCAUAGGCCACGCCACCGCCCUCAUCCAGUCGCUGGACUCCUCGCGAAGACAGUAUCAGGAGAAGUACAAGCAGGUGGAGCAGUACAUGUCAUUCCAUAAGCUUCCAGCAGAUGUUCGGCAGAAGAUCCAUGAGUACUACGAGCACCGCUUCCAGGGGAAAAUGUUUGAUGAGGAGAACAUCCUGGGAGAACUCAGUGAGCCACUCAAAGAGGAGAUUGUCAGCUUUAACUGCCGUAGCCUGGUGGCUAACAUGCCGCUGUUCGCCAACGCUGAUCCCAACUUUGUGACCGCCGUGCUGACCAAGCUCCGCUUCGAAGUGUUUCAGCCGUCGGACUUCAUCAUCCGCGAGGGCACAGUGGGACGGAAGAUGUUCUUCAUCCAGCACGGGCGAGUCGGUGUGCUGACCCGUGGCAACAACGAAACCAAGCUGAGUGAUGGGUCGUACUUUGGAGAGAUCUGUUUGUUGACUCAUGGACGGAGGACAGCGAGCGUCCGGGCAGAUACGUACUGUCGUCUGUACUCUCUCAGCGUGGACAACUUUAACGAGGUGCUGGAGGAACAUCCAAUGAUGCGACGUGCCUUUGAAACUGUGGCUGUUGACCGUCUCGACCGCAUAGGCAGGAAGAACUCCAUGCUCCUGCGGAAGUCAUCCCAGGCUGGUUCGCUGGGGGGCAGCAUGGGUCGUGGUGGAGGCCGAGGUGGAGGGGGUCCCGGAUUGGGGGGAGGCCUUGCAGCUUGCGGUCUGGGUUCCUGUGACAGCAUGCUGGUACAGCAGAUUGUCAAACACGACAGCAUGCCGGCCAUGCAGGACGCCAUCGCCGCAGCUGCUGCAGGAAGAGGCGGAGUCAUGGGAGGAAGCGGCACAGUGUCUCCUCGGCCACGCCCUGUCAUCUGGGCACCGCUGGUCCAUGCUCCCCUGCAGACUGCAGCUGCCACCACUAAUGUAGCCAUCGCCCUCAUGCACCACCAGCAGCAACAGCAGCAGCAGCUCCAGCAGUUGCAGCAGCAUGCACUUGGAGGAACGUUCUUCCUGCCUUCCCCUCUUGUCUCCCCCUCUCCCUCCUCUUCAUUUCCUCUGUCACCGCCUCGUGCUCCUGUGUUGCAGCCCCCCCGCCCCUCUGUAAGCUCCCUCAUAGGGAUGAUGACGAUGGGAGGAAUGGGUGGUUUGUCCCCAAGAGGGGGAUUUCCUGCCUCCCCCUCAACCAUGGGCCCUCUUGGUGGGGUGACAUCACCACCUAUUGCCAAAACACCACCCACUCCGGCUUCUUCUGUCCAAACGUCUGUCCAACAAGGACGGACUCUUCAUUACAGCCUCCGUAUCCAGACUGAUCAUCCUUCAAUGAUAGCUGGACCCCAAACAGGAGGAGGACCACCAACUCCACCCCUCCAUAAGGUGCCAGCCACCAACCCAACAGCUGCUCCUAGUGCCCCAGCAGAUGGCAACAGUUCUGUGACAGGUCAGAAGGGAGCGAAAGAAGCUCUGUUACGUCAUGGAGGAAACAGUUCCCAGGGUCUUCCGGCACUGGGCAGACUCACCCAGGAAGCCAGGUUGCUGUCCGCCUCGCAGCCCACACUGCCUCACCGCUCGUGGGUUGGGGUGCAGCCACACCCGCCCCUCCACCGGAAGGCCUCUGGUGGUAAUUUGUUGGCAGCUCCUUUCCUGGCAGGGCAGUUAGCCAGGGGAGGCAGUGCAGGCAUGCUGACCUCCAAUGCUCCAGUGCUGCUGGCAACAUAUAUACCAUUUAAUGCACAAAUACAAGCACCGGCUACAGGUCCCAUUCAGUCCAUUCUUCCAUAUGCUACCCCUCCAAACAUGGGCAAGUACACACAAUCUUCACCUCACACUGCCUCUGUACCCGCCCCCACCGCUGCACACAUGCCUUCUCCGGCUUCUAUGCCAUCUCCUUCCCCUCCAAAACAAACCCCACUCUCCUCUGCCACCCCUUCGCCUGCACCCACCCCUUCGUCUCCCACCCCCAUCCUCACCCAACCAGCUCGCCCGAAACCCAUCCCGAUGCCCCCCUCUCUCUCCUCCUCUCCCCCUCCCUGCUCCACUCCGCCCUCAGCUGGAACAAGACCGCUGUCGCUGUCCUCGACGCCUCGUCCCAAACCCCUCCCUACACCUCCCCUCCGCUCCUCCUCUCCUUCCCCCGCCUCUACACCGCCUCCAUCCUCUGUCUCCACCCCUGUUUCACUACCUCAACCUUAUGGGCCCAAAUUAUCACUUACCUCCUCUCCCCCUCCCGCCUCCUUAGUCGCCUCCACUCCGCCGCCUCCCCAGAACCACAGAGCCCAGGCAUCCAACAUCCCUCCUUCUGCUUCUCUGUUAUCUGGCCUCAGCCCUGCCCCAACCCCAAUCCCUUCUCCAAUCCCGACCCCCACUCAGAGUACUCGCUCCCGCUCCUCUAUCACAUCCCAAACUCUAACGCAAACCAUCACACCUGUCACUCAUACCCAGACCUUUACCCCUACACCCUCGCCAACCCUUGCUACAUCAGUGCCCUCCCUGAGUAAAGAGAGUCCGAACACUUGUCUCCAGACCUCCGUCUCCAGCUCAGUUAGGUGCCCCACUUUGAGCCAGAUCCCAAAACAGGCCAAAACAGGCCAAACUCCAGCUCCUUCCUCAACAUCUGCUUGCACCCCUUCUACUAAAGUAACAUUCUCAGUUCAUCCUGUAAGGCAAACCCCUCCUGUCAUCUCCUCAAGCCCGAGCUCAGGCUCCGCUCGCUCCACAACCGCAUCGACAACCUCAUCUUCGACAAGUUUACGCCCACACCCCAGCUCCACUAACCCCUCCUCUCCCACAACCCCUUCUCCAAAUACCUCUCUGUCAUCUACCACUUCACCCACCCAAUCAGCAAAUGCAGCCACCAAUGCCAACACCACCUCCCCUAAAGGUGGGAAAAAUGACUCUCAACUAGAGCUCACCAUAAAAGACUCAGAGGUACUCAGACACAAACUGCCCCCCAACGUGUAAGAAAGAAGGAUGGUGGACUUUAAAUGAUGUGGCCAGUCAAACUUUGGGUACACAGAGUUGUGUCAGAGUUGACAUCACAAUGAUCUCACAUGGACAUCUUGUAUGCAUUCAGUCUAGGUUGUGAUUGUGCUAGAACAUCAGGUGUUUAUGUGACACUCAGCCAAGCCAUCGAGGACGGAGAAAGACUAAAUGCGGUGUGCUGACGGGUACGGGCUGAGGUAAAGUUUGAAAAAAAAAAGAAAACACACAUACAAAUGUACACAAACAUAUCCGUGUUAGUGAAUGUUGGAGCAGGCAGGGGAGCUGAAGUGGAAAUAUCGCAGCAUACACAGUAAAACACAGUAAAACAGAGUGCAAGCAAUAGCUGAUGGGAAAACAAUGAUAACAGCAAUAUUUGAGAAACAUUUGCGACUCGAGUAAUGAAACAGGAAAUGACACUGACAAUAGACAAUAGAGAAAAUAACCGUCUCUCUGCUGCAAGGAAGAAUGUGUAUCAUGAUCUCAAGACGCAGGCAAUAGAGCAGACACUUCCUGACUUCCAGCUCCCUCCUGUCUCCCAUUCUUCACCAAAGUGUAAUAUUUUCUCAUCGGAAUAAUAAUUAUUAUUAAUACAACGAUAUAGCAUUUUAAAAGAAUCGCUGCAAAGUCAAUGCUCAUAUGAGUUUAAGUAAUUAGGAGCAGUCCACUGGUAGUUUUGUUGUCCCAGGUGUGUGGUGUUUAGUUUUAUGAACAAACUUUUAACCCUACAUGUUCACUCUGACCACUUGUGAGUGAUUUUAUUGUGUGUGUGUGACACACGACACUGCUCUGCUGUGCGCUGUGAUUCACUGGAUUUAGUUCCACCCGUCUGCCUGUACUGUAAAUACGUCCCUCUCUGUGGGUCUGCUGUAUACUCCUUCAUUUCUCUGCCUCUUUGUUUCUCACCUCUCAUCCUUCUCGCCGCCUUUCAUCAGAUUUCACAGCUCCGGUCGAUGAGGCUCACAGACUCUCUCACUCCCUCUCUCUCGGCUUGCCCGACACUUGGCUCUCCGCUGCCAUCAGCCUCAUGCUCAAUUGGCGGCCUCCUCCUUCUGUUGCCAGUUUCCGCGCCAUUUCCAGUGAUGUUCGAUGUUUUGUGUGGGUAGCAACAAGGCAUUUCUGUCUUAAUCCCUGAUACCAUGUUGCCUAGACUAUAUAUUAAGGACCAAAUGUUUUAUUUUUUAUUUAUCACAGCUUUAGCUUUUGAACAGGAAAAAAAUUGCUAAUAAUGAUGAUGAUGAUGAUGAUGAUGAUGAUGAUGAUGAUGAUGAUGAUGAUAUCCCUAACAACCAUGAUGGUGAUGUUGAUAAAGAUGGUGUAUAUCUG